AGUGCUAAUUUAAACUCAGUGGCUUCCACUGCCCCUCCUUCCCUAACUCCUGGGGGCCUCAAAUCUUCAGGGUUCCUGGAUCGGAGCAGAUUAGUCUUGAGUGUCACUUAAUCUUGGUCAUUCUUCCGCAAUCUGAGCCAUGAAAGGAGAGGGCUGGUAUAGAGCUGCAACCUGAAUCUUGAUGGGGACAGGACGGAUAUAAAUCCACCUAAAUGACCAGAUUCACAGGUAAUGCAGGAUGAAGUUGCAGGCUGAAGCUGGGCUGCUACUGCUGCUGUGGGUGAUGAGCUGUGCACACGAACAGAAAGUUAUUCACGUAGAACCACGAUAUGCAUCGAUUGUUGAAGUGACCAACGGUGGUACCUGGGGUGACUGGGCCUGGCCUGAGAUGUGUCCUGAUGGAUACUUUGCCAGUGGGUUCUCUGUCAAGGUGGAGCCCCCUCAAGGCAUUCCUGGAGAUGACACAGCCCUGAAUGGGAUCCGGCUGCACUGCACUCGAGGGAACGCACAGCAAAACACCCAUGUCGUGGAGUCCCAGUCUGGGAGCUGGGGCUCAUGGAGUGAGCCUCUGUGGUGCCCUGGCACUAGCUUCCUAGUGGCUUUCUGCCUCCGGGUGGAGCCAUUUACAUUUCCAGGGGACAACACGGGAGUGAACAACGUGCGCUUCCGUUGCUCAGACGGUGUGGAGCUGGAAGGGCCUGGGCUGAACUGGGGAGACUAUGGAGAGUGGAGCGACUCGUGUCCCAAAGGUGUCUGUGGCUUGCAGACCAAAAUCCAGAAGCCUAGAGGCCUCCGAGAUGACACUGCACUUAAUGACGUCAGGAUAUUCUGCUGUAACAGCUGAUGCUGUCAGUCUGUCAGUACUGCCUCUUACUAUUAAAGCUUCUUCCUGGUCUUGGC